AUGACGGAUGCAGCACGGUGGAAGGCGACGGUCUACGUCGGAGGGUUGGCGCCUCUUGUGACCGUCACCAGCCUCCACGAUGCCUUUGUUCCCUUCGGGGAGAUUGCCGACGUGUCUCUCCCCAAGAAUGAGAAUCCAAACUCUACAGACAUACAUCGCGGCUUUGCCUAUGUCGAAUAUGAGGACGCCGACGACGCCAAAGAGGCCAUUGACAACAUGGAUCAGUCCGAGUUCUUCGGCCGGGUCAUCAAAGUCUCCGCCGCCAAGGCUCCCAAGAGCGCCGACGAAGGUCUCGGCAGCAAGAAAGCCGUCUGGGAGCAAGAAGGAUGGCUCGCCCAAAAUGUGGUUAGUGAAGAGGAUCGUCUGGCUGCUGACCAGGCCAAGACGGGAGGGGAUGCCCGUGGAGACGACCCAAUGCAAGGGCUGGAGGGAUUGGAUGUUGCUGGACCCAAACCUCAAUGA